UUACCUGUUUUGUGUGGGUUUGUUGUGUUAUUGAUUGAUUGGUAUGUGAAUUUGAGAUUUAUUUGAAGUGACCCCCUAAAUUAGUAGUAAUUCUUUCUGUGCAACUAUCCCUUAAUUAACGGGUUCGAAUCGUUUUUACGGAGCUAUUCCCAGCUCUCAUCAUUAUGUCGAAGAAAAAUAUAGCAGACCAGGAAAUAAAGAUCAAGGAUUCCCUAUUCGAAUUUGUUAAAUCGCACAUUCCCGAUGCGGAUUUGAGCUUAAUUGAUGAAAUCGUUUUAUCUUAUGUUAUUUCCGUACUGGAAGAUGUGGGAUCUGAUCCUGUUUUUGAUGUAGAAGGUUUCUGUGAGAUGAUGGCCGCCUAUUUUCCUGAGUUCGAAACUAUCAAUCACGCCUUUGUUUGCCAAUGGAUGUUCACUUUGGAAUCCAAAUUACAAGAGAAUGACGAACCCGAAGGAAAGAAAGAAAUGGAAAUAGAUCUGUCACUUCCAGAAAUUGUUCCAAAGACGAAACCCAGAACUGUUAGUGUCAAUUCUGAAACUGAUGUGCCGAAACGAAUGCACAAACUAUCCGAAACGAGUGAUGGUGGAUCCACUAGUGAUAGUUCUACUUCUUCCGGUAACGAUGAACUGGAUAUAUUACAAGAAAUGUUCCCUGGAACGUGCCAUAUUGAGAUGAAACAUUGUCUUACCAUAGCAGCUGGUGACGUGGACCGAGCCACCCAAAUCAUCAUCGAUCGCCAAGAAUGCGGCCAAAGCUUGAAUCAAAACACUCCGCUAACAAUCCAAGUCGCCCGAAGAACCAUCGACGACGACGAGCUGAAAAAUCGUAUCAUUGAGCGUUAUUCCUACAUCGACAAGGACGCGUUCACCAAAGAGCAUCGACCCGUCGCUCCCAAAGUCGAGCCUAAGAAGAUGGUGCGCUAUCGCGACAAUAAGAUAGUCAGCUUGAAAGGAGAACGCUUCACCGAAGUCAAAAAAGGGGAGGACGUCGAUGACAUUUCUACAAAGAAAAACAAGAAAGGCCACACUCCGUAACCCAAAUGUGGCGACUCACCCGCAACGGGCCUGACCAUUUUAACAAGCGACUUAAGUUCGGUUUGUAGUUUAGUUCCUCUUAAAUAUCCCACCUCGAAGGUUUUACGAUCUGAUUAUCACUUAUUCGAAGAAUACUCUGUACUGUUGUGUAAUGUCUAUUAUGUUGAAUCCUUACGGAAGGUUUUAGGUAGGUUUACAAGUCCUUAUAAAAGGAUGCUUUUAGGUAGAGUUUCAAUGUUCGGUAGGAAACGUACGUUAAGUAUAUAUCUACAUGUAACCACUUUUAACUAGCUAUAGGGAGCAAGUGUUAGGUAAGAGUGCUGGAUUUGAAACAUAAAAAUAAUCCUUUGACUGUGUUAUAGAUGUAAAGGACAAACAGCUCUUGAAUAACUUACGUGAGGUUUAAUGAAACAAAAUACAAAUAAGUCAUGUUCGACAAAGAGUUGGGGGUUAAAGUAACAAUAAAACUCCAACUAACUAUCAUCAUCAUCAUUUGGCUCUACAACUCUAUGUGAGUCUUGGCCGCGUUUACUAUUUCCCGCCAUUGUUGUCGGUCCUGAGCAGCUAUUUCCCAUUGUUGUACUCCCAUUUUGCGUAGUUCACUGGCUACUGCGUCCUUCCAUCUCUUUCUUGAGCGACCAACUGACCUUUUGCCAUCGGGCCUUUCCCAGAAUGUGGCGUUCAGAAGUCUUUCGUCACUCGAUCUUAGCACGUGACCCGCCCAUCGUAUUCGGUUUGCUUUAAUGUAGCGUACUAUGUUUUCAUCUCCAUAUAUACUUUCUGGAGUUCAUCAUUGUGUCUUCUUCUCCAUUCUCCUGUUGUCUCUUCUCUGCAAGGCCCAUAGAUAGUCCGCAGUAUCUUUCUUUCAAGUACCAGUAAUUUUGUCGUUUCCCGCUGGUUCAGGGUCCAUGUCUCGCUUCCAUACGUUAUUGUGGGACGAAUUAUUGUCUAUCCCAACUAACUAUGGGAUCCGAUUAUUAAGGCUUCGUCUAGCUCAGUCAUUCAGGUGUCAGUUCGUCUUAUCUUAGUUCAAAAAGUGAACAAUGAGUCUUGGAAGGGACAAAUAAAAUAUAAAAUGAACUAAUCAUAUUUAUUUAACAUUAAACAAUAAAAUUAAACGAGAUUUUAACAUAACAAUCAAAUCCUGCCAAUAGCUUUACAAAAAAAUAUUAUACUGAUGGCAUUAUUGGAUUGCUUGUUGGACGUGGAGGAUGAUGAUGGACGCAGUUGUCUCCAGAUGAUGUAGGUAGAUCUAAGUGUUUGCCAUGUGAGAGUUUCAAGUAGCUGUUGUGCUCAUAAAAUCAGCUGCAGUUUUUAGUUUGUGAUUUUAUUCCACUUGGUUACAUCGUCGACGAUUUGUUGUAUGCUUCAGAAAGUCCCGCCUGAAAAGGGGGACAAAAAUUAAUAAUAGGCCAAAAAACAAGAAUAAGAAAUCUUGUAUUAGGGAGAUCAAACAUUUUAAAAGAUUCCUUGCCUUAUCUUCCAAAAUUACAAUUUUAAGAAAAAUAUUAAGUAAAAAUAUCGAAUUGGCAAGGAUCAAAUGAAUAUAAUUAAUAUUAAAUGAAUUAAAAAACGAAUAAAAUCCUUUAUAAAAGGUAUAUAUUUAAAAAUCCAUAAAAAAG